GUCAUGCUUUUCAUUUAGUUUUGUCAACUUAUUCGAAAAUUUUCACUCAAUAUGCAGCAAUUGAACUUUAAGUCACAUUUAGCACGUGCAAGCAAAAAAAAGUUGAGUCCAACCCUGCAGGGCGUCGUGGCGGAGCAACAGUCGUCGAUGUUGGCCCAGAGCACAGCGAGUGAGCAGCUGGAGUUGUUGACCAGCAAGCAAGCGGACACAGCUGGUGGCAUGCCACGCGAGCUAGAAGAAGAAGAAGCAGAAAAUACGUUCUGGAUCUCAAUCAGUGGCUAUCAGGCAGACGCAGCUUAUUUGGUCUAUCGCUUCUUUCUGGACAUUGGACAUAUUGGCGAGAAAUGUUUUACGAAAUCAAAUUUAAUGUAUUUGAAGUAUGAAACGCUCUUGGACUGUCGCAUUGCCUUGAGCUAUAAUAAUCAGCGCAUUGGCUAUGCCGGCGAUAUAUUGGUGAAGGUCAAAGCUGAAAAUCCAGCCAUAGAUAUAUGCAAAACGGAUGUGACGCUGGCGCAGGCUCCGCUUGAGGCGUCAGUGGAGCAACAGGCUCUAGCCUCACGCAAGCCCCGAGCACUUGCUCAGAAGCGCAGCUUUACGCAAUGGCUUAAACAAAAGAUAUCCUAUUUCUUUUACUUUUAUUAAAUACUCUCGUUGUGUGCCAAAUAUCAGAAAAAUUAUACAGAAAUUUUUGCCAAGCUAAUAAAAUAUUA